UCGUGCUCUGACAGGCAACUCAGUCUGUUUCUGAUCUCUGUUAGAGGAUUACAACAUAAAGCUAUGGGAGGAUCUAGUUCUAGACCGCGUCCUCUUCCUCUGCUUGUUGAAGAACCAUGGCUGCAGAUGAAUUGGGAAGACAGAGAGUCUGACCUGCAGUUCAUAAACAACUACAAACCUAAAGGUGAAGGUCAAGAGAAGUUCAGGAUUCUUCUCCAUGGACCAGUUGGAGCUGGAAAGUCCAGUUUCAUCAACUCUGUCAUCAGUAUCCUGGAAAGUAGAAUCUGUCGCAGGGCUACUGCGUGUAACACCGGGCAGGGCAGCUUCACCCGAGAGUACCAAUCCUACAGGAUUAAAAAAGGAAACCAGGAUAACGAGUAUCCUUUUGUACUAAAUGACAUGAUGGGUUUGAGCAACGUCAGUCGGAGACACAGAAGAGUCCAUGUGAAAGACAUGAAAAAGGUCAUGAAGGGUCACAUUAAGGAUGGAUACAAAUUCAACCCAGAGAGUACUUUGUCCAACACUGACCCGUUCUAUAAGCAGAAACCAACUAUCAAUGACAAAGUUAACAUCCUGGUUUCUGUCUUUGAUGCCAACACAGCAAAUCUACUGGGAAAUUCUGUUGUAGAGACAAUUCAGGACAUUAGAGAUGAUGCUACUGAGCUGGGGAUUCCUCAUGUGGUCGUUUUCACUAAGAUUGAUGAGGUCUGUCCUGAGACCAAAAAAGAUGUAAAAAAUGCCUGCAAGAGCAAGUUGCUACAGGAAAAGGUGAAGGACUUCAGCAAACUGAUAGGAAUCCCAGAGAACUGCAUCUUCCCUGUGAAGAACUACCACUGUGAGAAGAAGCUGAACCAUGACAUUGAUGCUCUGAUCCUGAACACCCUGAGACACAUCAUCGAGAUUGGAGACGAAUACCACAGCAGCUAAAAACGACCAAAAUCUAACCAGUUUAUAUCUACAGAUAUUUUAUUACUGAACCAAGCUACAAAACUGAAAGAAAAACAUUAAAUCAGGCAUGUUAAAGAGGUCUGCACAGUUUUAAUAAUAGACUAAAAUAUUUUAAAUAUUUUGUGAAGGUAUUAUACACACGCCCCUUUGCUCCAUCCAGGCUUUUUUCAGGUCAACAUCAAUAACGGUUUGAUUUAAGAUUUUCUUGCUAUGGACUGCAACAUUGUACCCAGUAUUUUAUGUAAACUGCAGUAUUUCAACCAUUAAAUGUAAAGAUCAAAAUAAAUAUGGU